UUCAAUAACUGCAUUUUUCUUAUGCUCAGCAUUUGUAUUAACAGUCCCAAUUACUUUCCAGUUCCUUGAGGGAAGAGAUCAUGGGAAGAUCAGAGAAGGAUAGAGAUCUGGAACGUCUGAUUCCGGUGGGAACCUUAGCAUUAGAUGUAACAAAGAUCAACGGCUCUGAAUCUUCUGAUCAAUCUCCCUCACCUUCUUCGCCCUUCUCUCAUCACUCGGCCAAAGAGGCGUUUGGCAAAGAUAUUCAUAGCUGGGUAACAAAAAAGUUUAUGAGCGGAUGUGUCAUUUUAUUUCCCAUAGCCAUAACUUUUUACCUCACUUGGAAGCUCAUUAAUUUUGUGGAUGGCUUCUUUUCUCCAAUCUAUAUUCAUCUUGGAAUCGAUGUAUUCGGACUUGGAUUUGUGACAUCCUUAAUUUUCAUAUUAUUGGUUGGAGUGUCCAUGUCCUCAUGGUUAGGUGCUUCUCUUCUUAGUUUAGGAGAAUGGUUCAUCAAAAAAAUGCCCCUAAUGAGUUAUAUCUACACUGCUUCCAAGCAAAUUAGUAGAGCAAUUUCACCAGAUGAGGAUUCACAUGCCUUUAAAGAAGUGGCCAUUAUAAGGCAUCCGCGCCUUGGAGAAUAUGCAUUUUGCUUCAUUACUUCAACCAUUAUUCUUCGUAAGAGCACAGGUGCCGAGGAACUCUGUUGUGUUUAUGUGCCUACUAAUCACCUUUACCUGGGAGAUGUAUUCCUUCUCAAUUCUAAGGAUAUUAUGAGGCCAAAUCUCUCUGUUAGAGAGGGAAUAGAAAUUGUCAUCUCAGGAGGCAUGUCUGUACCCAAAAUAUUGACUAUAGUGGAUGCACAAUCCAUUCUAUCUCCCACAGUUGGAAAUUUUGCUGUUCCUCAAGUCUGAUGCAUAAUGUUUGAUCUUAAAUCACUCCAUGACAAAUACUGGAAUUGAUGAAGAUGCACUUGACCAGUAAAAUAUUGGAUGUAGGCUACCUUGAGUUACUGUUAAUAUUAUUCAAUAGAUAGUCAACUCAUCACAGGCGGAGCUAGAAUUUGAAGCUUAUGAAUUCCGGAUUUUAGCUCUUUUACGUUGUUGUGUUCUUAAUUAACAAAUUUGUACAUAUUCAAUGAAUUUCUUAAGGCAAAUACAGUUAAAGUUACUGUGUUCGGCCGAACGCCCAAAAUGCACACAGUAGCUUGGCCCCUGCUACCAGUGGAUAAUUCUUGUUAGCUCUGCUUUCCCUGACACCCUUGUGAACACUGGUAA